GCGACCGCCCAGGCGGCGGGGGACCAGCACCCCCGAGGCCCGUCUCCUGGGCCGGAGGCGAUGCUCGGCUGGCGGGGCUCACCGCGAGCGCAGGCCGGGCCGCGGACCCAGCGACAGCCCGCCGACGGCUCAGGGAGCAGCUGCCCGGCGCGCGGGCCCCGCGGGAGCUCGCCGGGCGGAGCCCGCAGGGCCACGCAGGAGCCGAGCGAGGGCUGCGCGGUGAACUGUCACCGUUGCCACUCUGGACGCGGAAGUGCGCUUUCUUGUUUUGCUUUAAAAUCAGGGCUUGCGGUCUCCCGACCUGUGCAUCUGGUCGAAUUCAGCGGCAAUUCCCCUUCCCAUCCCGGCGCGGCGGCGCAGACCCAGCCUCCGUGCGCGCUGGCUGUCCAGGCGGCACCGCGGGCGCAGGGCAGCCCCUGAAAGGAGACAGCCCCCGAGACUCCGGCCCCGCAAACGGUCAGACCCGCGCCUAGCUCGGCAGGAAGACUGUGACCGUGGGAAUUUCAGCUACCUACCCAAGCAAGAUGAAGAUUCCAUUUGUGGAACCUGCCAUUUGCCUUAGUGUAUUUGCUAUGACUUUGACUGCUCCACUGACAACACAAUAUGUGUACAGAAGAAUAUGGGAGGAAACAGGCAACUACAGCAUUGCACCCGAUAGCAAUGUUUCUGAGUGUGCAAAAAACAAAAGCAGCCCAAUUUUCGCAUUCCAGGAGGAAGUUCAGAAAAAAGUGUCUCUUUUUAAUCUGCAGAUGGACAUAAGCGGGUUAAUUCCUGGUCUCGUGUCUACAUUCAUGCUUCUGUCUCAUAGUGACCACGGAGGACGAAAAUUCCCUUUGAUUUUGUCUUCUUUUGGUGCUCUUGCAAACAGUGCUUGGCUCUGUUUGCUUUCCUAUUUUGCCUUUCCAAUCCAGCUUUUGAUUGCAUCUACCUUUUUGGGUGCACUUUGUGGCAAUUACACCACACUUCUGGGAGCCUCUUUUGCCUACAUAGUUGAUCAAUGUAAAGAAAAGAAACAAAGAACAAUUCGAAUAGCUAUAAUUGACUUCCUGCUUGGAAUUGUCACUGGAUUAACAGGAUUGUCUUCUGGCUAUUUUAUUAGAGAACUAGGUUUUGUGUGGUCGUUUUCAAUUGCUACUAUGGCUCUUACUGUUAACUUGAUUUAUAUUUUAUUCUUUCUUGAGGAUUCAGUGAAAGAGCCUUCAUCUCAGAAUGUUUCUGUAUCAUGGACUGAAGGCUUUAAAAACUUAUUUUACCAAACUUACAUGCUUUUUAAAAAUAAUUCUGGUGAGCAACGAUCUUUGCUCUGCUUGUUGCUUUUUACAAUGAUCACUUAUUUUUUCGUGACAAUUGGCAUUUCCCCCAUUUUUAUCCUUUAUGAAUUGGAUUCACCACUCUGCUGGGAUGAAGUUUUAAUAGGUUAUGGAUCAGCUUUGGGUAGUGUCUCUUUUUUCAGCAGUUUCCUAGGAAUAUGGCUUUUUUCUUACUGUAUGGACGAUAUUCACAUGGCCUUCAUUGGAAUCUUUACCACCAUGGUGGGAAUGGCUAUGACUGCUUUUGCCAGAACAACACUGAUGAUGCUUUUAGUCAGGCUGCCAUUCCUUUUCACUGUUGUGCCACUCUCUGUUCUACGGUCCAUGAUAUCAAAAGUGGUUCGUUCUACUGAACAAGGCACCAUGUUCGCUUGUCUCGCUUUCUUAGAAACACUUGGCGGAAUCACUGCAGUUUCUACUUUCAACGGAAUUUAUUCAGCCACCGUUGCUUGGUACAAAGGCUUCGUCUUUCUGCUCUCCGCUGUUUUAUUACUUAUUCCAGCCAUCAGUCUAUGUGCUGUCAAGUGCAUCAGCAGGAAUGCGGGAAGCUAUGUCCUUCUUAUACAAGAAGAAUCCAGCGAAGACACUUCAGACAGAUGAUUAAUUGUGAUUAAAAAAAAAUCCAAAUGCUCAUAUCAUAUACUCUUGACUUCUGAAGGAUGUAACUAGCUCCACAAUCAGUACUUCAUGAAUAAUCAAUGCUGCAAGUCCUUUCUUCUAAACUAAACAGUCAGAGAAAUAGUUGCUGCUCUAGCUUCUUACAGCAUCAUGCACUUCGAGCACUUUAUGAAGAUCAUGUGACAUAUUUCCAGUAGGUAAAAGAACAAAUCUCAAGACACCUCCCACUUUGGGAUUUACAAAAGAAACUGAAACUUAUCGGUAUAAAAUGGGACUAAGAACUCUGAUACAAUCCAAAGCAACAAUCUCCCUGAUAUACUCCAGUCUCUCACAUUAAGACCAGGAAGAACUCUUUGUUUGCCUCAGUUUCUUCAUCUGCAAAAUAAGUUUUUGACCCCUCUCAAAGAUUUUGAAGGCAUAACUGUUGAAAAUUAUGAGUCAGUCGCUUAUAGGAAAAUGAUGGAAGUUUCAAGUAUUCAUAAUAUAAUUUUCUUCUACUUGGGUAAUGCUUUGUUUUAUAGAGCCCAUCAAGGUGUUAGUGAUAGUCAAAGCUCUCAGUAGCUGCAGUAUCCUUCAAAGGGAAGCACUUUAAUGAAUACGUUUUCACUUUUCCUAAUAUGUUUCAUCAGUGACAGGCAUGAUAAUAUUUCCGUAAGUAACACAGGGGUGACUGAAAAAAAGAUUACAAAUAGUUCCUAAAGAAAUGUAAAAACUGAGUAAACAGGCAAUCAUGAUGUAAAGUAACUAGUAUUUAUAGAGUCAAUAUUCAUUCCUUCUUUCUGUCAAAGGGUAUCCAUCUCUUACUGCCUUAUACUCAUCCUGGGACCACCAUGGUCCCUGAAAACACCGCACCCUCUCCUGCCUCCUGUCUGCACACAGGGUUCCAUUGGGCCUUCUUCCCUCCCUACGUUGAAGCUUUUAAGUUUCAGCCAAGGCAUAGCUUCCGCUUCCUUCAUGUCCCUUCCGGACAUUUCUACCCUCACCUCCCGCCCACCUCCACCCCCCACCCCUGUCCCUGCAGGGCUCCCACAGCUCUCUGGGUACUGCCAUCCAAGCAUUUUCCCUUGUCUUGUAAUGUUUGUUCCCCUACUUGACAAUGAGCACCUUGAGGACAGGGACAAUCUUUGAUUCCUCAUUAUAUCCACAAUAAAAUUUGAACUAAAUGAACACAGAGUUCUGUUUUCACUU